CCGGCUGCGUAGCCAUAUUUGAAUGUAGGGGUUGUUACUCCCUCCGUGGCAAAGUGAGAAAAUUCCAGUUUCUUCCCGGUGUCAUUGCGGCUGAGGAUGCCGGCUCCGAUCAGACUGCGAGAGCUGAUCCGGACCAUCCGGACUGCUCGAACCCAGGCAGAGGAAAGGGAGAUGAUCCAGAAAGAAUGUGCUUCUAUUAGGUCAUCUUUCAGAGAAGAGGACAACACAUAUCGCUGCAGAAAUGUUGCUAAGCUCCUCUAUAUGCACAUGCUGGGCUACCCAGCACACUUUGGACAGUUGGAGUGCCUGAAACUCAUUGCAUCUCAGAAGUUCACAGACAAGCGAAUAGGGUACUUGGGCGCAAUGCUACUGUUGGAUGAAAGACAAGACGUCCAUCUACUUAUGACAAACUGCAUCAAGAAUGAUCUGAACCACAGCACACAGUAUGUACAGGGCCUGGCCUUAUGCACCCUUGGUUGCAUGGGCUCAUCGGAGAUGUGUCGGGAUCUGGCUGGAGAAGUGGAGAAGCUUCUCAAAACGUCAAAUUCCUACCUGAGGAAAAAGGCCGCCCUAUGUGCAGUACAUGUGAUCAGGAAGGUGCCAGAGUUGAUGGAGAUGUUCCUCCCAGCAACAAAAAACCUUCUGAGUGAGAAGAACCAUGGUGUUCUUCAUACGUCUGUUGUACUACUCACAGAAAUGUGUGAACGAAGUCAAGACAUGCUUUCACACUUUCGAAAGAAUGAAAAGCUGGUUCCACAGCUGGUCAGAAUCCUGAAAAACCUCAUCAUGUCAGGAUACUCGCCAGAGCAUGACGUGUCCGGCAUCAGUGAUCCUUUCCUGCAAGUGCGGAUAUUGAGGCUACUCAGAAUUCUGGGUAAGAGUGAUGACGACUCCAGUGAGGCAAUGAAUGACAUUCUCGCACAGGUUGCAACCAACACAGAGACGAGUAAAAAUGUAGGCAAUGCAAUCCUUUAUGAAACAGUCCUCACCAUAAUGGACAUCAAAUCAGAAAGUGGGCUGAGGGUGUUAGCAAUUAACAUCUUGGGUCGCUUCCUGUUAAACAAUGACAAAAAUAUAAGAUACGUGGCUUUGACGUCCUUGCUUAAGACUGUACAGACAGAUCACAAUGCAGUUCAGAGACACAGGAGCACCAUUGUGGACUGUUUGAAAGACCUGGAUGUGUCUAUCAAGAGACGUGCGAUGGAGCUCAGCUUUGCCCUUGUGAAUGGGAACAACAUCCGUGGAAUGAUGAAGGAGCUGCUCUACUUCCUGGACUCCUGUGACCCUGAGUUCAAGGCGGACUGUGCAUCAGGCAUCUUCCUUGCAGCAGAGAAGUAUGCACCCUCAAAAAGAUGGCACAUAGACACGAUUAUGAGAGUCCUAACUACGGCAGGGAGCUAUGUAAGAGAUGACUCUGUUCCCAACCUCAUCCAGCUCAUCACUAACAGUGUGGAGAUGCAUGCUUACACAGUACAGAAGUUAUACAAAGCACUGUUGGAUGACAUCUCUCAGCAACCUCUAGUGCAGGUGGCCUCCUGGUGUAUAGGGGAGUAUGGAGAUUUGCUGGUGUCAGGACAAUGUGAAGAGGAGGAGCCCAUCCAGGUGACAGAGGAUGAAGUUCUGGAUGUUUUGGAGGGUCUCUUAGUAUCCAACUUGUCCUCUGCGGUAACCCGAGGUUACGCCCUCACUGCAGUCAUGAAGCUUUCCACUCGAUUCAGCAGUGUGAAUCGAAUCAAGAAGGUGGUGUCCAUAUAUGGCAGCAGCAUAGAUGUGGAGCUACAACAGCGGGCAGUCGAAUACAAUGCGCUUUUCAAGAAAUACGAUCACAUGAGAUCGGCCUUACUCGAGAGAAUGCCUGUCAUGGAGAAAGCAGCCACCAAUGGUCCCACAGAGAUGCAAACCAAUGGGGAGGUGGAGCCCUCAGCGUUGGACUCCAGACACCUGUCCAGUGUCACACAGCCCUCUGUCCAGGCGAAUGAUUUGUUAGACCUCCUUGGAACAAAUGAUGUCGUGCCUGUGAUCCAGACUGCUGCGCCCACAAAGCCUGCUUCUGCAGGAGGAGAGCUGCUAGACCUGCUGGGGGAUCUCUCUCUGUCAGGUGGUCCAACUCCUGGCCCUGCUGCUGUCCCUGCCAUGCCUGUCUCCCAGCCCCCCUCCCUGCUGGAUGGCCUCUCGUCACAAAACCUCUUGAAUGACGUUGCUUCAGGCAUUCCACCACUGACAGCCUACGAUAGGAAUGGCUUGAAAAUAGAGUUCACGUUUGAAAGAUCCAACUUGAAUCCAAAUAUCGUUGUUAUCACCAUUCAUGCCUCUAACAGCACAGAGGCAGAGAUGACAGAGUUUCUGUUCCAAGCUGCGGUACCAAAGACAUUCCAGCUGCAGCUCCUCUCCCCCAGCAGUAACAUCAUACCAGCACUCAACCAAGGAACUGUCACACAAGUCAUCAAAGUGCUCAACCCCCAGAAGCAACAACUACGAGUGAGGAUCAAGCUGACAUACACUCACCAAGGGUGUCCUGUGCAAGACUUGGCUGAGGUCAGCAACUUCCCUCCACAGUCUUGGCAGUAAUAACCUGCCUCCUUCUUCCUAAAGACCCUGCCAAGGGAAGUAUGGAAGAGCCCUCUCAGUGACCACUGCAGAGAUACCCUAGGGAUGUGCACGGAGACACUGGAAUCUGUGUGACACAAAAUGAUGCUGAUGAAGAUCUGAUAAUAAGGACGACAAUGUUGAAGACAGCAAAAAUAAUAUCUGAAAACAUAUCCAUUGACUAAGUUUAUAUGGCUUCACUUUUGUCUCUGAUGUCGACUUUUAUUGGCAUUAUGGUUAUCCCCCUCUCAUGCGCACACUGAACACUCUAUUGUUCCCUGACC